AUGGCCGUCGACAUGGCCAUCGACAUGGCCAUCGACAUGGCCGUCGACAUGGCCAGCGCCGACGUCGAAGAUGACGAGCCCCAGCUUCGUGGUGAGGUCUUGUGGUUCGGUAAAGACGCUCGCUCACUCGCGCAGCCUGGUCGAGCCCCGGCCUUGUGGUGA